AUGUACUUCAUUCGCUACAUUAUAAUUGAUGAAAUGAGCUUCAUUGGUCCAAAGUUAAUACAACGCAUUGAUAUUAGGUUACGUGAGGCAUUCCCUACCCAUAACCAGCUCCAAUUUGGAGGACGCUCGAUCAUUCUCUUUGGUGACUUGGGCCAACUACCACCUGUCAAGGACAUACCUAUGUAUGCUUCAACUUCAUAUGGAGGGACAUUAUGGCAACCUACAAUUGCAAACUGGCAACUUUUAAUGUCUCGGUCAAAUUCAGCGCUUUCUUCUGCAGAGCAAUCUAUAUUCUUAUCAUCCUCACACCUAUUUGCAACAAAUGAAAUGGUAUCAUUACAUAACAAACGCAUGUUGUUGUCUAUGGCAAAACCUAUUGCCCUUUCUACUACAGAACAACUCAGGGGAUUCACAUGCUCAAAUCCAGAUGAGGAACAACUUGAAUCUAAGAUCCUCUUAUGUAUUGGCCAAGAAGUUAUGUUAUCUACAAACUUGUGGGUGGAAACAGGACUUGUCAAUGGUGCACCUGGACAAGUCAAAGAAAUUGUAUAUAAUGGUGGUGAAAUACCACCUGAAUUUCCCUUAUUUGUUGUUGUUCAAUUCAAAAAUUACAUUGGCCUAGUUUGGGACCACAACAACCCAAAAAAUAUCCCUCUUGUUCCAAUUAGUCGUGGUCUUCGCCGUCAGCUACCACUAAAAAUGGCAUGGGCCUUAACAAUUCACAAAGCACAAGGCCUCACACUUCAAAGAGCAACAAUUGACAUCGGCAAUACUGAUCGCCAAGGGCUCACAUUCACAGCAAUUUCAAGGGUUUGUGACCUUACAAGUCUUCGCAUACACCCUACAUUCACGUUCCAAAGAUAUUCACGUAUACAACAUAGCCCAUAUGUUGCUCGGCGAAAACAAGAAGAGGAAUGA